UUUAGGUCAGCCCUGCUAUUGAUCACCCUCCCUGGGGUGAGCACAGAGGGUGGCCCCUGCCACUGAACACACAGGCCUGGCCUCCCUGCCGCUCCCCAGCGGCCCUCUCACCUAUGAAUGUGGCUCAGGGCACCUUCAAAGGCAGGUGCACAGAGCUUGGCACUUAGCAGGUGCUCAAUAAAUCUCAGGAUAAAUCGAGAUUAGAGACAGGCAGGAACCUUGGAAAACAAAGACAUAACCCUGUUCAGGCUCCUUGGUGCCCAGCUUUUGUGCCCGUGAAGGACGAGGUUGAUGGGGAGAAGUGAGCCUCUGAGGAGUAGAUUUCUCUCCUGACUGUGGCCAAAGGAGGCAUUUCUUUCUCUUCUUGGCCUUGCAGGAAAUAGUGGUGGGGAUGAGAGGAGCAGAAAGAAAGGGCCAGGCCUUCUAUUAUUUUGUUUUUCAGAUCGAGAGCCUGUUAAUAGCAAUUUAUGUUGACCAGGUCUGCAGCCAAGCACAUUCUGUUCUCCACUGUUGGGGGGAGACUCGCAGGGCCAUGGCAAGAGGCUGGACAGGAAAGACAACCAGGUCAACACUUUUAUGAUCGACCGUUCGGUGCCUCGGCCUGUACCAGGGGCAGCUUUAGCACGGGGCCAGCUUGAGCCCAGUCCUGUGUGGGGAUGGCGUGGCCUCCCCGUGUGAACCCAAAUGGCUUCAGUAAGUGGGGUGAGCUCCCCUCCCACAUCAUGCUCACUGAGGCUUGGGCUGCAGAUUGCUUUCUGUGAAAUGGGGUCAGGGCAGUGACUCUCAGAGCAGAGUCACUGUAGAGUUUCUCAAGACGGCAGGGCUUGGGAAGAACCCUACAGAGAAAAGGAGAGCAGCUGUGUGGGAGAAGACCCCAGAAGAGGGGGAGUGGGCAAGAUGACCACCCUUGUGGAAAGAAUGGUGCACAAGCAAAACAACCCCCUCUCUGCAAAAGAGCUGAGCUGGUGGAAUGUAGCUCGGCGGCUGUGGGAUCGGGGCAGUAGAUAGAGCUCUGCGGGCACCUGGGCUCUGUGUGUGCAGGUUGUUGUGUGGGGUCCCGGAAGACAAUGGAGAGGACAGGAGCAGCACCCGUGGCGCCCCCUCCACCAGGCUGGCCUCCACGCUUCCCUGGACUCAUCACCAGUCCCCGUUCCUGGAAGCAAGCCCCCUUCCUCCAUCCACUCCUCCUGAUGUCCAUGAGAAGCCCCGGCUCUGCCCAGCUGGCCCUGGAUGACGGUGGCACCAUGGUGAACUGUACUGUCAAGUCAGAGGGGAAGAAGGAGCCCUGCCACGAGGCCCCCCAGGGCUUGGCCACCGCAGCUGAACCCCAGCCCGGAGAUCCAGCCCGGGCCCCCCAGGAUGGUGCUGACCCUCCAGCUCCAGCCCAGGACAGCAGCUCCCUGGAAAGCAACGGGUCCCCAGAACCCAAGAGACCAGGAGGCUCUGAGGCUGCUUCUGGAAGCCAGGAGAAGCUGGACUUCAACCGAAAUUUAAAAGAAGUCGUGCCGGCCAUCGAGAAGCUGCUGUCCAGUGACUGGAAGGAGAGGUUUCUGGGAAGGAGCUGUGUGGAAACCAAAGAUGUCAAAGGGACCCAGGAGAGCCUGGCAGAGAAGGAGCUCCAGCUGCUGGUCAUGAUCCAUCAGCUGUCCACCCUGCGGGACCAGCUCCUGACGGCCCACUCCGAGCAGAAGAACAUGGCCGCUAUGCUCUUUGAGAAGCAGCAGCAGCAGGUGGAGCUGGCCCGGCAGCAGCAGGAGCAGAUCGCCAAGCAGCAGCAACAGCUGAUUCAGCAGCAGCAUAAGAUCAACCUCCUUCAGCAGCAGAUUAAAGGUGCCAUGAAGGUGUAA